AUCGAAUUUUGGAUAGCGCGCUACAGUUUCGGCUGUAUGUAUUGUCGUGAUCGAACGUUUGUGUUGUUGGUAGUCUUCUAUUGAAAUCAUUACCAAAAUAUUAAGUACUUUAAGUAACUGGCCUUAUGAUGGGAAUUCCCUUUGUACAGCUGAGAAAAUGGCCAAGUCUGGGUUCUACCGACCGAAUCCAAACAAUCCAACUACUACACAAUGUUUUGUUUGCAUGAAAGAAUUAGAAGGAUGGGAACCUGAUGAUGAUCCAGACAAAGAGCAUAAAAGUCAUUCACCGAAGUGCCCUUUCCUCAAAUCCAAGCAAUAUGAACAAAUGACUUAUGAAGAAGGUUUAGCAAUGGAUGUUGAAAGAUAUUGUACUUAUCUUUCCAAGAUUCUUUCGGAUCAGUAUGAUGUCCAAAAAGUCCAAAAGGCAUUUAAAAUGUUAACUGAUAUUGUAUUAUCCAAACUACCAAAGCGAAAUAAAAAAAAGAAAUCGAACCUCAGCAAAACAAAACACUCAAUUAUGUCAAAUUCAAGUAUUAAAUCAACCAGGAGUACUCGAAGCAAAAGAAUAUGAAUUUGUUUGAUUUCUUUACAAACCUGGAUUAUUUGUAUACUUUGUACAAAAAUAGUUGUUUAAAUCAUACCAUACAUCAUUUUGAUAGCAUCAGACAACAUGGACUAGUCCGCAUACGUUCUUUUUUCAUUUAUUAAUGGUAGAUGUCGCUUUAUCUUAAAAUGUUGGUAUUACAGUCCAGUAAAGAUGGGUGAGGUUUAUUAAACAUCAAUAAUUAUGCUCAUUACUUACUAGUAAGGCCUUUUAUUUUUAAUGAGUUUGUUAUACUGUCUUAGCAUACAUUGAAUCAAACAGAAUGGA